CGCGAUCCGGCUGACGCAUCUGGCCCGGGUUCUCUAAAACCCGAGGGGAGAGGGAGGAGGAGAAAGAGAGAGGGCGCGCAUGCCCAGUGGCGCGGGGAGGAGCAGGCUGCUAGCUGCGGGCCAGAAAGGUGCUUGCGAGCCGCGAACCGGUCGGGCGCGCACGCCAUGGGGGAGAAACCCGGGACCAGGGUCUUCAAGAAAUCAAGCCCUAACUGCAAGCUCACCGUGUACCUGGGCAAGCGGGACUUUGUAGAUCACCUGGACAAAGUGGAUCCUGUAGAUGGAGUGGUGCUUGUGGAUCCUGACUACUUGAAGGACCGGAAAGUGUUUGUAACCCUCACCUGCGCCUUUCGCUACGGCCGUGAAGACCUGGAUGUGCUGGGCUUGUCCUUCCGCAAAGACCUGUUCAUCGCCACCUACCAGGCCUUCCCCCCUGUGCCCAACCCGCCCCGGCCUCUCACCCGCCUCCAGGACCGGCUGCUGAGGAAGCUGGGCCAGCAUGCCCACCCCUUUUUUUUCACAAUACCCCAGAAUUUGCCCUGUUCUGUCACACUGCAGCCAGGACCGGAGGACACGGGGAAGGCCUGCGGGGUAGACUUUGAGAUUCGAGCUUUCUGUGCCAAAUCACUAGAAGAGAAAAGCCACAAAAGGAACUCUGUGAGACUGGUGAUCCGAAAGGUGCAGUUUGCCCCAGAGAAACCUGGCCCCCAGCCCUCAGCAGAAACCACACGCCACUUCCUCAUGUCUGACCGGUUGCUGCACCUUGAGGCCUCCCUGGACAAGGAGCUGUAUUACCAUGGGGAGCCCCUCAGUGUCAACGUCCAUGUCACCAACAACUCCUCCAAGACCGUGAAGAAGAUCAGAGUCUCUGUGAGACAAUAUGCAGACAUCUGCCUCUUCAGCACGGCCCAGUACAAGUGUCCAGUGGCCCAGCUCGAACAAGAUGACCAGGUGUCGCCCAGUUCCACGUUCUGUAAAGUGUACACCAUCACCCCACUGCUCAGCGACAACCGGGAGAAGCGCGGCCUUGCUCUGGACGGGAAACUCAAACACGAGGACACCAACCUGGCUUCCAGCACCAUCGUGAAAGAGGGGGCCAACAAGGAGGUGCUAGGAAUCCUGGUGUCCUACAGGGUCAAGGUGAAGCUGGUGGUGUCCCGAGGCGGGGAUGUCUCCGUGGAGCUGCCUUUUGUUCUGAUGCAUCCCAAGCCCCAUGACCACAUCCCCCUUCCCAGACCGCAGACAGCCGCUCCAGAAACGGAUGUCCCUGUGGAUACCAACCUCAUUGAGUUUGACACCAACUAUGCCACAGAUGACGACAUUGUGUUCGAAGACUUUGCCCGGCUUCGGCUGAAGGGGAUGAAGGACGAUGACUACGAUGACCAUUUCUGCUAGAAAGCAGGGCUGGAGACGGAGAGGACGUGCUUGGGGAGUAGGGGCAGGACCGAGGUCCCCACGUUGUCGGGGGAAGGCCGGCUCCCCAGCCUCUUCCUUCCCCGCCGCCUGGCAGCCACCCCUUCACUCCGCUUCCUCCUCCCCCACCAGCGAGACGCGCACUGGACCCUCUGCUUGUUGGAAGUGGGCAUUAACCUCGACUACAGCUGAGCCUGCCCGGCCCUCGGGGUAGCGAGCUGUGUUCAUUCAGUCUUUUGGAAGGAGACACUGAAAAUGAGCCGUGAUGACAGGGAACGGGGGAGAAAUCGCCACAGUCAGCCUCCCGCCGAGACACUCCUUAGCCUCGCGUCCUUGAGAGGACACCCUGUGGGGGCAAAGCCAUUUCUUUCUGAGCAUAAAGAAGAAAAUAAACCUUUUUAAUAGGCA